UGGGGUUCCAGUUGUACAAGGAAACCAAAGUUGGCCUCUUGCUCUGCUUCUCGGCUUUCCUCAUAUCUGGAAUCUUAAUCCUUGCCUGAAUUUGACGAUCAAUAGAUCAGCAAGAGACAAGGCGGCGGCGCGAAGCACACCAAUAGCAGAGGAAAAUGAGUGAACUGGAUCAGCUACGCCAGGAGGCUGAGCAGCUCAAGAACCAGAUCAGAGAUGCCAGGAAAGCGUGUGCGGAUGCUACCCUGUCUCAGAUCACAGCUAACAUUGACCCUGUUGGCCGAAUUCAGAUGCGCACUAGACGGACACUGAGGGGGCAUCUGGCUAAAAUCUAUGCCAUGCACUGGGGCACUGACUCGAGGCUUUUGGUCAGUGCCUCCCAGGAUGGCAAACUCAUUAUUUGGGACAGCUACACCACAAACAAGGUCCACGCCAUCCCGUUGCGCUCCUCCUGGGUGAUGACGUGCGCCUAUGCCCCCUCUGGGAACUACGUGGCCUGUGGAGGCCUGGACAACAUCUGCUCCAUCUACAACCUGAAGACCCGUGAGGGCAAUGUGCGUGUCAGCCGUGAGCUGGCUGGGCACACAGGUUACCUGUCUUGCUGUCGCUUCCUGGAUGACAACCAGAUUGUCACCAGCUCUGGAGACACCACCUGUGCUCUGUGGGACAUUGAGACUGGUCAGCAGACAACUACAUUUGCUGGUCACACCGGUGAUGUCAUGAGUCUCUCUCUGGCACCUGACACCAAGCUGUUUGUGUCUGGAGCUUGCGAUGCCUCAGCCAAGCUCUGGGACAUCAGAGAAGGAAUGUGCCGACAGACCUUCACUGGCCAUGAGUCAGACAUCAAUGCCAUCUGCUUCUUCCCCAAUGGCAAUGCCUUUGCCACGGGCUCAGACGAUGCUACCUGCCGGCUGUUUGACCUGCGUGCUGACCAAGAGCUCAUGGUUUACUCACAUGACAACAUCAUCUGCGGUAUCACCUCUGUGGCAUUCUCCAAGAGUGGCCGCCUACUGCUGGCCGGCUAUGACGACUUCAACUGCAACGUGUGGGACACUUUGAAGGCCGACCGUGCAGGUGUCCUGGCUGGUCAUGAUAACCGAGUGAGCUGCUUGGGUGUGACCGAUGAUGGCAUGGCAGUGGCAACAGGGUCCUGGGACAGCUUCCUCAAGAUCUGGAACUAGAGUCUGAAGAUGGCAUCUGGACUCCAAAAUUGAGUGGAAGACCAUUCCAACAUCACAUUGUUAAAUUUUAUUGCAUAUCCAAUCUUUUCAAAAAACACCAUGAUACUGACUCCAAACACCCCCCCACCCCCACCCUCCCCUUAAAGAAAUAUCAAGGGCAAAAAAAUUCUUUCUUUCUCUCUCUCUUUCUCUUUCUCUCUCUCUCUCUCUCUCCUUCUCAUUUAAAAGAGCACAAUUGUCUGUCACUCAUUCAGCUACAAAAACAUUUGAGAGGGGAAAAAAAAGCUUGGAAGAAUUAAUGGUUUCCAAACAGAGCAGAGGGGAAAAUUGUGCAUUCCUCCCAUGACCAUGGUCUGGUAUUGUAGUAAGUAAAAAAAAAAAAAAAAAAAAACACCACCGCCACCAAGCAAACAUCCUCAUGAGACACAGUUCAGGUGUGAGUGAAGGUUAUUACACGACAGUGAUCUAACUCUCAAUAGCUUUUUUUGGCCAUGUCUAUUUUUUGUUUCUGUUUUCAUUUUUUUUAUUUUUUUUUCUAGUGAAAGAGAAUUAGAUCAGCAAACUUGUCAGUUAAUGUUUAAAAAUGAGGAUCAAAGCUUUGUUUUAUUUCCUAGUCUUUACACAUUUUAGAGAAUGUUUUUAAGUGGAAAACUAAAAGAACCUCCAGAUCAUGUCAUUUUAAAUCCAGCUUUAUCCCACUGGAGAACAAAGUGAGAGAGUUGAGCUUCAACAGGGAGUCCUCAAGCCACUUCUGGCCCUGCUGUAUAUUUAGUCCCAUGAUACUUUUACUGUUUUUCUUCUUCUUUUUUUUUCCAGUGUAGUCCACAAAUCUUUGUUUGCACAAAAAUUAAACUUUGCAUAUAUAGAAUAAUGUCUAAAGAAAAAAAAAGUUAACUAACCAAGCACAUGCUGUUUAUGAUAAUGAAUGCUCGUUUUUAAAACGAAAAAACAAACAAAACAAAAAAAAACCAAACCAUUUUAACCAUUCUUACACCUUUUUGUCUGGCGACAGUGUAGAAUAAUUAAAUGAAGAUUAACCCAGCGGAUCAUAAUCCACCCUGCCCUCUUUUUACUCGUUUUUUGUUUCUCCUUUUAAUUUACUUUUUCUUUUCCCUGGUUUCUGUUGCCCGUGGUUGGGACCGGUGAUGUGAUUUUGGUCGGGUAGGGAGUUACCUCCACUUUCGCCCGGUUUGCAAUCCGGACGUUUCUCUUAUAACAGAGGUGCCCAUUCCGUGCUUGGAAAUGCAGUUACUACUCUGUGAAUGACAUGUUGUAUAAAUCAAUGUUUGAAAAUAAUGAUAUUGAAACUUUUUAAGUUAAAAACGAAAAAAAAGAUUUUGGUUGUCUGCCAUGGGUGGGUUAUCUCUUAGAAUCGCAUGCUGUAGAAUUGCUUAAAAAGGUGCAUAUGGAAUUAAGUCCUUUGAUGUUUUUCUUUAAGAAAAUAACCUGUUGAAUAUAUCAAUACAAUGGUAUUUAUAUUUUUCUUUGUCUUUCUUUUUCUUUUUUCUUUUUGUUUUUGGCUACUCUGUGCAUACAUGAUUCAACUACAAUGUCAAAGCUAUGCACUUGAGAAGCAAACCCUGCAACAUUAAUGGUUACUUGGUCCAUACUUGGGAGGGAUUCCACUAAUUAAGAAGUAACGUAAAUGUUUAAAUUGUACACACAUGCAUACAUACAUUCAUUCACCUAAACAUACACGAUCUCAAAUGGAACAAAUAAAUUGUCAUUCCUACUGUAGCAAACAAAAAUUCCACUUACAAGAAAAACAUUUUAUAACAGGUUUUUUUCUGUCCUUUAUUAAAAAAUACAAAAAAAAUGCAGCAUCUGAAUGGCAGAAUUUUCUGUUGUUCCCUUCUUGUAAACAGAGACGCUCUUUCUUUAGCAGUAGUGACAUUUUUUCCAUUCUGUUUUUUUCUCUGCGACAUUCUGUACAAAAAAUGUGCUGUAAUUGUGCGUUAGGCCUGGAGUUGGCAAAAAAUAAAAUGAAAUAAAAAAUAUUAAAAAUUUAUUAAAUUCCCUUUCCUUUUCUCUUUCUCCAUCAAAUAACUGUAGAGCUCUGCACCCCCACUGUUCCCUUUUCACCUUUUGUAUUUAAUUUUAAUGUCAGUCAGUGUACAACCGAAAGCUGGAUGCAAGAUAGAAACUAUAUUAAAAUGUACUGUUAUUUAAGAUGUAAUAAAAAGCAGUUUGAGAUGACCUACUGUGUUGAGUGUGAUUCACUUAGAGCGGUUCCCACUGAAGCUAGAAUGUUGCAGACUGUUUUUGGUUUCCUUGUAAUUAUGUUCAAGUCAAAUAAACAAUUUCUUAUCCACUGGUGAAUCA